AUUCCUUGGCACAAGUCGCGAGAGUAAGACAUAGUAUCUGUGUGUGUGUAUAUUUAGAGGGAGGGAGAGAGAGAGGUCAAGGAUGAAAAACUCCCAAAGUCCCAACAUUUGGACAUAAAACGGUCACAAGUAGCGGGUUCUCAUGCUAUUAAAUCGUGAUUGGUGGAAUUGGUUCUAAUAGAUUUUGGUCGUGUAGAUGACUAUGGAAGAAGCAAGCAAGCAUGGACCUCUACAUUUUGAACUCAAUACCGGAGCCAAAAUGCCUUCUGUUGGCCUAGGAACGUGGAGAGCUCCUGCCGGUGAGGUCGGUGCCGCUGUCAUUGCCGCCGUCAAGGCUGGUUACAGACAUAUUGAUUGUGCUCGAGUAUAUGAUAAUGAAAAAGAGGUAGGAGAGGCUCUGAAGGAACUAUUUUCCACUGGGGUAGUGAAGCGUAGCGAGAUUUGGAUCACAUCUAAACUGUGGUGCAGUGACCAUUUGCCUGAGGAUGUCUCAAAAGCAUUGAGCAAGAGUUUAGAGGACCUGCAACUUGACUAUGUUGAUCUCUAUCUGAUACAUUGGCCAUUUCGAACAAAACCGGGCUCGACUGGGUGGAACCCCGAUGUCUUUGCUCCCCCGUGCCUGCCAGAAACAUGGGCUGCAAUGGAGGGCUUGUAUGCAUCUGGUCAGGCACGUGCAAUCGGGGUAAGCAACUUCUCAACAAAGAAGCUGCAGGACCUCCUAACCUAUGCGAAAGUUCCUCCGGCAGUCAAUCAGGUGGAAUGCCACCCUGUCUGGCAACAACCUGCCCUUCACAACUUGUGCCAAUCCACCAGCGUUCAUCUAUCAGCAUAUUCUCCUCUGGGAUCUCCAGGGACUUGGGUGAAAGGUGAAAUCUUGAAGGAACCAAUAUUGAUUGAGAUUGCUGAGAAGCUGAGCAAGUCACCAGCACAAGUAGCUCUGAGAUGGGGCAUUCAAAGUGGUCACAGUGUCCUCCCAAAGAGUGUGAAUGAGUCUAGGAUCAAGGAAAAUUUAAAUUUAUUUGACUGGUGCAUCCCUCCAGACCUCUUCUCAAAAUUCUCUGCUAUCCACCAGCAAAGGCUCCUUCGAGGAAACUGUGCAAUUCAUGAAAGCCGUAGCCCCUACAAAAGUCUUGAGGAGCUGUGGGAUGGUGAAAUUUGAGAUGAUAAAGCUGCUUCCUACUCCAUUCACUUUGAUCUAAUAACAAACUUAGAAGAUUCUCCACCAUCAAAGUUUUGCCUCUUUAAGAGAAUGUUGUCACACAUGUGUGCCUUUUUUGAGAAUAUAUAUAUAUAUAUAUAUAUAUUUUUUUUUUGUUAAGUCAUUUGUACUCUUAUUUCUUCGUCAACCAAACAAGAGAGUGACUUUUUUUUUCCCCUUUUAUUGCCAUACUUUCUUUGAAACGUAGAGUGGGCAAAUUUAAAUAUACCCAACAGGGAUUCGCAGUGUGUGGCAUAUUUGGGUAGAAUAAUUAGGGGAAAGCGGAUU